CGGUUGAAUCAUUUCCGUCUCGUUUGUUUGUAGUUUUUUCAAUUCCGGCAAAAGUCCCCGAUUUUUCAUUUCGAAUUUCGUGAGAGGCAUGUCCCUUAGCGGCCGUUCGGUCGGGUCGAGAGUCUCAAGCGUGAUCACGACUGUAGGAGCAAAAGAAGAGAAUCAGCCAAACUUAGACAGUCCGCCGGUUAGCCGCAACGAAGUGUUGGAGGUUUUCGAGACGUGGAGAAAUUCAGCAGGUCGUUCGGACGACAGCGGGAUCGGUCAGGUUUCAUCGUCCGGCACGUCCGACAACCACCAAUCAUCGCCAACUAAGACAAAGGUGGUCAGGAAGCGGAACCCGCAGGCUAAUAAAUCGCCGGACACGACGUCGGUCAACAUGAAUAAUCAGGGCAAUCAUAAGCUGCCGAAGAUUGGCAAUAAAAAGACGUCUCGUCAGUCCACGAUGCAUUCGCUAAUCAGUCCGCCCGGCCACAAUGUGGAAGAACGGCGUCGUUUCGUCACCGUCGUCCGUCCGUUGAGUGUGUUCCCGGAGCCGGCCUUACCGCCCAACUACACGCCGUCGGUGUUCAGCACUUGUACUAGCAAUAACGAUGGUGCAAUUAGUAAUCGAUAUGACGAUUUUAGCCCGAUGAUUCAGCAGCACAAUCCGGUCCAGCGCGGACGACCGCCCAGCCCGGCUCCGUUCCAUCGCCAGCGGCCCCAUCAACGCAACAUCAGCAACAGCAAUUUCUCGCUGGCCGGCCAAAGCGUCGCCAACGGCCAUCACGUGGGUGGUGGCGGUUCAUCGUCGCUGAAAGUCAAUUUAGCGGGCGGCAGCGGUUGGGAUUUGACGGCCAUUAAACGCGGCUAUGACAACGUCGGAUAUAACGUGACCUACAAAUCGAUGCAUGACCGAUCCAUGGAAAAUGGAGUUCGCUAUCAAUCGCAAAACGCCCUCGAUCAAGAGAUAAGCAUGCCUCCGUGGAACCCGCACUUCGGCUACAGCAAAGUCUUGUCCCAACAGAAUCUACCUUUGACCGAUGACUGGAGGCGACACAUCGAUGCCAGACGCAAAGCCUUGCAACGUCGUCGCACUAAGCGUCGUGGUGUGGCCGACGGCGGGACUAAUUUCGGUGCCAACGGGGACCGUUAUUACAACGGGUCCGUCCAGACGGACGGCAAUUUCGAAGAGUUACUAAGACGGGCCGGAGAUGUGGAAUCGAGCGUGCAGACGGACGCGUCCAUCGAGAACGUGAAACGGAACAGGACGGUGAACGGAUCGACGGACGCCAUCAGCUCUUUGAAUAGCAACACGCAGGACGGGUCGACGCAGGUGGUGCUGACCGACCUGCCGGACUUUGAGACGGGCCUGGCGCCCGUCGUGGAACAAAUGGUGAACGCCACGCUGGAACAGGCGUUCGUCGAGAUGCUGGAAGAGGAGGAAAUCAAAGAGAUACGUCAGCAGCGCGUCCAGUUCCAGCAACUGAGGAUGGCAGAGUUGACCACGUCCAAACUGAUGAACGUCGUCGCCGAAUAAAAUCCGUUUCUUAAUGCAUUCGAGCCCCCCCCCCCCCCUCAAAAUUCUGCGCAAUACCUUGAAUUUUCCGCGUAAGUUGGAAAUUCAAAAUUUCUGUCCCAAACUAUUCGCCUUUUAAAAACAAAACAAAUUGGAUCGCUAUAUAAAAUCAUGACUCGUAUUGUUCUAAUCACACGAAAAUCAAUUAUUCUAUCAACACAUUACACACACAGGAAAAA